UUAUUAUUAUUAAUAUUUUUAAGUAAGAAAAGAGUCUUUGAAUUUAAUAAUUUUACCCUUUAAAUCCUUUUACGUAGUGUUAAGUUACAGACGUGGCUAGACUGAAAAAUUGCAUUGUUACUAUUUGGCGGGUUUUUUAUUGUACGAUAAGAUUUAUUAUGUGAAUAAUAAGUUAAUCUUGGAAAUCAUGUAUUAUGAAUUUUUCUACUACGAUUAGUGCGGAAAUAUUAUAAAUCAAAAAUUAUAUUUUAUUAUAUAGAAAUAGUAACUAACCUUUAAGAGUUUUUUAAUGUUAAAAAUGGUUGAUUUACAAAGCAAUUUGGUGGAAAAUCUUGACGAACAACAAUACUUGGAUCAUAUUCAGAAUAUUAUAAAAAAUGGACAUAAAAAAAUUGACCGAACAAAAGUUGGUACUUUGUCAGUAUUUGGAACUCAAAUGAGAUAUAGUUUAAAGAAUGGUACUUUUCCUUUACUUACUACAAAGCGUGUGUUUUGGCGAGGUGUUGUAGAAGAAUUGUUAUGGUUCAUUAAAGGUUCUACAAAUGCACACAAAUUAUCUGAAAAAAAUGUUAAAAUUUGGGAUCCCAAUAGUACACGUUCGUAUUUAGAUUCAAUUGGUCUUUAUGAUCGAGAGGAAGGAGACCUAGGGCCGAUUUAUGGAUUUCAAUGGCGCCAUUUUGGUGCAAAAUAUUGUGACAUGCAUUCAGAUUACCAAGGAAAAGGGAUUGAUCAAUUACAAAAUGUUAUUAACACCAUAAAAAAUAAUCCUGAUGAUCGAAGAAUGCUCAUGGUUGCAUGGAAUCCUUGUGACUUACCAUUAAUGGCUCUACCACCUUGUCAUUGUCUUGUUCAGUUUUAUGUUGCUGAUGGAUAUCUUUCAUGUCAAAUGUAUCAAAGAUCUGCAGAUAUGGGACUUGGUGUACCCUUUAACAUAGCUAGUUAUUCUUUACUAACUUAUAUGAUAGCUCAUGUUACAGGUUUAAAAGUUAGUGAUUUCAUCCAUACAUUAGGAGAUAGUCAUAUAUAUUUGAAUCAUAUAGAUGCACUUCAAGUCCAACUUCAAAGGAAACCCAAACCAUUUCCAACACUCAAAAUUAUUAGAAAAGUUUCUUCUAUUCAAGAUUUUGAAUUUUCUGACUUUUUACUUUGUGGCUAUGAACCUUAUCCAAAAAUUUCCAUGGAGAUGGCUGUAUAAAAUAAAUAAUUCAAGUCACUUGCAAUAAAAUAUAUUUUUUACAGAAUUAAAAUUUGUACAUAUUUAACUAUAAAACAACAUAAUAAUUUUAAUGUAAAUUAUAUUUAUUAUUUAAUUAAUAUUUUAAGUUUAAUUUUUUGAUACAUCCAUAGCAUUAAUAAAAUGAAUUAUUGUAAAAUAUAAUUGAGCAACAAGCUAUGGUAAACUAAU